UGUUAAAAAUACACAAUUGUUCGUUUCAAAACGUAAACUUCGAUGAUAUACACAUUGUAACAUUAUUUGCGAGUUGAAUUUGUUGUAUUUCGAUUAGUGGCUAACUACAUAAAAUGGAUUCUGAUCUUUAUGAUGAAUUUGGUAAUUACAUUGGACCAGAAUUGGAAUCCGAUGAAGAGGAAGAAGAACAACCGCCAUCUCCUGAACCUGAAUCUCAAGACAUUGAUAUGAUUGAUGAAAGCGAAGAUGGACCAGAAGAACCGGGUAUGAGUGUUAUUCUACAUGAAGACAAACGUUAUUAUCCAAGUGCUGUUGAAGUCUAUGGGCCUGACGUAGAAACGUUAGUGCAAGAAGAAGAUGAAUUACCAUUAACAGUUCCAUUAAUUGCUCCUGUUAAACAGCAUAAUUUUCAAAUAAAAGAACAACAUUUACCCAAUACUACAUAUAAUAUGGAGUAUUUGGCAGAUUUAAUGGAUGUUGCAGGCUUAGUGCGAAAUGUUGCAUUAGUUGGACAUCUUCACCAUGGAAAAACCAGCUUAGUAGAUUGUUUAGUUCGCCAAACCCAUCCAGACUUAGGACAGUUAAAUUUAGAUUCAGCCGAUGCUGAUUUGAUGCGGUAUACAGAUACACUUAUGACUGAACGUCAAAGAGGUGUUAGUAUUAAAGCAACUCCUGUAACAUUAGUAUUACCUGAUGUAAAUUCCAAAUCAUAUUUAAUGAAUAUUUUUGAUACACCAGGUCACGUAAACUUUUCUGACGAGGUAACAGCUGCUCUCAGAAUUUGUGAUGGUGCUGUAAUAUUUGUUGAUGCAGCUGAAGGUGUUAUGUUAAAUACAGAAAGACUUAUCAAACAUGCCAUACAAGAAAAAAUAGCAAUCACUAUUUGUGUAAAUAAAAUCGACAGACUAAUGUUGGAGCUUAAACUUCCACCUCAAGAUGCUUACUAUAAAAUUAAGCACAUUAUUGAUGAAGUUAAUUCUUUGUUAAGUUUACAUUCACAGAAUGAUCCAUCUCGAAUUGUAUCGCCAAUUAUAGGAAAUGUUUGUUUUGCAUCUGCUCAAUAUGCAGUUUGUUUCACUUUAAAAUCAUUUGCUAAACUUUAUGCUAAUCAUUAUCCUAAUGUAAAAGUUGAAAGUUUUGCUAAAGUUUUAUGGGGUGAUAUUUACUUCAACUCCAAAACUAGAAAAUUUUCUAAAAAAUCUCCCCACAACAGCGCUCAACGAAGUUUUGUUGAAUUUAUUUUAGAACCAUUAUACAAAUUAUUUGCUCAAGUAAUUGGUGAUGUAGAUACUACUCUUCCUGAUGUUUUGGAUGAGCUUGGGAUUAAACUAACAAAACGUGAAAUGAAUAUUAAUAUACGACCACUAUUACGUCUUGUUUGUGGACGCUUCUUAAAUGAUCUCAGUGGUUUUGUUGAUAUGUGUGUUAACCAUAUACCAUCACCAGCAGAAAAUGCUAAAAACAAAAUAGAUACUAUUUAUACAGGACCUCAAGACACCGAUCUUGCUAAAGAUAUGCUAGAUUGCAACCCUGAUGGGCGUUUAAUGGUGCAUAGCACUAAAAUGUAUCCUACAGAUGAUUGUACAUUUUUCCAAGUAUUGGCACGAGUAAUGAGUGGGACCUUACAUGCUGGACAAGAAGUAAGAGUUUUAGGUGAAAAUUAUUCUUUGGUUGAUGAAGAGGAUUCUAGAAUAAUGACAGUUGGAAGAUUAUGGGUGCAUGAAGCUAGAUAUAAAGUUGAGGUUAAUCGUGUACCAGCUGGUAAUUGGGUUUUGAUCGAAGGCAUUGAUCAACCAAUUGUCAAAACAGCAACAAUUACAGAUCUUAUAACAACUGAUGACUUAUAUAUAUUCAGACCAUUAAAAUUCAAUACACAAUCUGUUAUAAAAAUAGCAGUUGAACCUGUAAAUCCAUCAGAGUUACCCAAAAUGUUGGAUGGUUUGAGAAAAGUAAACAAAUCAUACCCUCUUCUUAUUACUCGCGUUGAAGAAUCGGGUGAACAUGUUAUACUUGGUACUGGUGAAUUAUACUUAGACUGUGUUAUGCACGACUUAAGAAAAAUGUAUUCAGAAAUCGAUAUAAAAGUGGCAGAUCCAGUUGUUGCAUUUUGUGAAACUGUCGUUGACACAUCAUCAUUAAAAUGUUUUGCUGAAACUCCAAAUAAACGAAAUAAGAUUACAAUGAUUGCAGAACCAUUAGAAAAAGGUUUAGCUGAAGAUAUUGAAAAUCAAGUGGUCGAUAUUUCAUGGGACAAGAAAAAAAUUGGUGAAUUUUUUCAAUCUAAAUAUGAUUGGGAUUUACUUGCUGCCCGUUCUAUUUGGGCUUUUGGUCCAGAUACUACUGGUCCUAAUAUUCUUGUAGAUGAUACUUUACCCUCAGAAGUUGAUAAAAAUGUUCUUAGGUCUAUUAGAGAUUCUAUUGUUCAAGGUUUUCAAUGGGGUACUAGGGAAGGACCUUUAUGUGAAGAACCAAUUCGUAAUGUUAAAUUUAAAAUAUUAGAUGCAGUCAUUGCUCCUGAACCAUUACAUAGAGGAGGAGGCCAAAUUAUACCUACUGCUCGUCGAGUAGCUUAUUCUGCAUUUCUCAUGGCAACACCCCGUUUGAUGGAACCAUAUCUAUAUGUUGAAGUACAAGCUCCAGCAGAUUGUGUAUCCGCUGUUUAUACUGUAUUAGCAAAACGAAGAGGACAUGUAACUCAAGAUGCUCCUGUUCCAGGAUCACCACUUUAUACCAUCAAAGCUUUUAUUCCUGCUAUAGAUUCAUUUGGCUUUGAAACUGAUUUACGUACACAUACUCAGGGACAAGCAUUCUGUUUGUCUGUUUUUCAUCAUUGGCAGAUUGUUCCUGGUGAUCCACUUGAUAAAAGUAUAGUGAUCAAACCUUUAGAACCACAACCUGCAACACAUCUUGCUCGAGAAUUCAUGGUAAAAACUAGAAGGAGAAAAGGCCUAAGUGAGGAUGUAUCUAUAAAUAAGUUCUUUGAUGAUCCUAUGUUAUUAGAACUGGCCAGACAAGAUGUAUCUCUUAAUUAUCCUAUGUAAUAAAUUACAUUCAUAAUAAAAUUAAUUAUACUUAAUUUA